AUGGCAUUCUCCGGUCCUCAGUUCCAUCCCCUUGGUCUCAUUCCACCCGCCUGCAGACGGCUGGGCGUUGGAGGGGCGCAUAUUGCCUGGUAUUUGCAGCAACUGCUUGCCCUGAAGUAUCAGUGUCAUGCCGACCGACUCACUACGACGGUUGCCGAACAACUCGUCCGCACCUUUGGACGCGUUGCGGUGAAUUAUCGAGAAGAGAUGAACAAAUGGGUCGACGAAAGCUAUUGCACAAGCAAUACGAAGAAAUGGAAUCUGGACUACUCAGACAAUUCAGCAAAGAAGGCGAACGAAGCCGCCGAACGUCGACAGUUGCAGGCAGAGCGAUUACGUGAACUGCACCGAAGACGGCAUCUUGAGAAGGCGGUGCGUCGACAUGUUAUGGCUAAUCACUUUGAGAGAUAA